UUGCAGACUUCCGUGUUUCUGUUGUGGUUGACGCUCGAGGGAGGUACCCACGCGAGAUUUUCUGAAACGGAAGCCGUUUAGGAAGUUUCUCUUUUUUUGGAAAGAGUUCUUCGUCGUUGUCUUUCGAUAUAUUGUUGGGCGAGUGGGUCUGACGAGUAGCCGAAGAGUCUAGAAAAAUAUGUCUAAGGACAAUGAAGAUGAUUUCAAGGCAGUGGAACUAGGAAUAGAGGCUAAACAUCAGGAGUCGGUGAAAUCUGCAGGGGACGCAGCAAUGGAAAAGCUGCCACAGAUAUCUGCCACUUCUCCAGAACCGGAGGUCCAGGAAAAACAAGUACUUGACCAGCCUACGCUAAAGAGGUUCUUUGUGCUUAGGCAAGGUGCAUUUGACCAGGCAGUUCAGGAUGUGCAGUCUCUUAGUGACACCCAGAAAGAUGGAAGAGUUCUUAGCUCCUGGCUUUUGUCUGAGGUGGACCACUGGAAUCACGAAAAGGAACGGAUUGUGCUAAUCACUGAAAACUCCCUUUUGAUUUGCAAGUAUGACUUCAUGAUGCUUAAAUGUGAGCAUGUGCAGAGGGUACCACUGAACAUCAUUGACAGAAUAAUCCAUGGAUCUUUCACUUUCCCAGAGAAAUCCCUUGACAAGAGAGAGGGGAAAGGAGUACGUAUUCAUUGGGACCGCCUUCGUGAGCCAUCUUUUAUGUCCCGCUGGAAUCCCAUGUCAUUGGAUUUUCCAUAUUGCACUCUAAUCUCUCACCCAGUAAAGGAUGCCAGUGAAACCUUUGGUGCUCUGUGUGAGUUGGACCAGUUUAGAGAAAAGCUGAGUGAAGCAGCCAUGAGUGCCCAUGAAAAAAAUCCUGUGCCAGGCAAAGCAAAUGGAGUCCUGGUGUUAAAUCAAGCAAUCCAGAUUGACACAUAUGUUGGUCUCGUGUCAUACAUCAUGAAUCAGAAUAAACUGGGCUAUUGCCUGGCCAGAGGAAAUAUUGGAUUCUAAAUUAGCCUCUACCCUCCAAGUCUGUAUACUGUUACUCUGGUUUUUUAUAUAUAACAGCAGAUAUAUAACUAGUAGAGAUGAGAUAGUUGUAUUUGUUUCCUUGCCUUAGCCUUCUCAAUUAAAAAAAAAAACAAAACAAAAUUAAACUCAUAAGCUUGGAUCAUCUCAAUUUUGUUGCUUCCCGAUUUUAGUCCUGUAAGUCAAAGCACUGUAAUAAAAAUGUAUACAAAAUCCUUGACAAAGCAGAUGUCAUGAAUGCAAGACUUAUUUCAAAGAGCAUUCCUAACGUUGUCAAAAGUCUAAUUUUAAAAAUUCACGGAGGGGGUCCAAACAGGUCAGGUGUUUAAAUGCAGUUUUAUAUCUGAGUUGUUAACAUUUAUGUGUACUGUGCCCUUUCUCAUGUGCUAAGAAUGUGCUGUAGAACCUUUAAUCUUAGAUUAACUAUUCAUUCUUUCAAUACAAACUUAAUUAGUUCAUUUUUCUCCUGGGAAUUUCCCAGCAUUUUUUUUUUUACUUGGAUCAUGAUACAAGUGAUAGAGUUUCAUUUUUGUGUGCUUUUACUGGAAAAUGGCCCACUUUACUACAAAACAGCAACUAAGAAGGUCUUUAAGAUGUUAUACUUAAACAAUGUUGUUUUUACAGUGAAAUAUGAUAUAUUGAUAUUAAAACUUUAUAAGCAAUAUGUGCAUGGGGAUAUUUAUUUCUGUUUUAAAAUUCCAGCUAGCUGCAUUCUUUUAUUUAUGUAAUAUAUUUAGUAUGCAUCUUUCUUUUUUUUUUAACAUGAAACUACCCAGUUUAAUGUAGUUCUAGUUUUGUGCAUAGAAUAAAUAGAAUUCAUUGCAUUAAAUGAUCUCAACAAUUAUGAAAAGUAAUUCAGCUGAUUACUUGAUGAAACUUGAUUUAAUCCUCUAAUUCAGAACAGAGUCAUUUAUAUUUGUCCAUACCUUCCUUACUUACAGUGGUUUUAAAGUGAAUUAGACAUUGGUUGCUGCAAGUUUGCAUUCCAGCCAAUUUCUAAAUCUCAUUAAAAGUGUAUGUGUUUAAUUAUUAGGCAAAUAUAUUUGUUGUCAAUACUCCAUGUGUGAUUUAUUUAAAAAAAGGGAGCUUUAAGCAGUGCCAUACUGAUUUAUAUAAAUGAAUGUCCUGUGCUUUAACCAGAAAUUGCUCUCUUGCAUUUUUGUUAAGUGCUGUACUUGUUUUAUAAGGAGAGUUGCAUGUUAUUUGUAUGAUUUAGAACAAAACACCAGUACAAAUUAUACAGUUCCAAAAUGUGAGAAACAACUACACAUCUCUUCUAAACAUUUCAAAUUGAUUUCCAAUUAAGAAGAAUAACAACAAAAAUAGCAACCAGGGUGUUUUGUCAGUGUAGCUUAUGAUGCUAAACUUCUGUAUGUUGUCUUUUUUUUUUUAUAACAUUUUUGGAAAAAAAA